AGAGACGUAUACCUGAAAUUGAGGUUGGAGUUGAAUUUACCUGAGACUCAUGAGUGACUGUGAGGAGAGAGACUUCUUUUGUGGGUCUUGGAUUUUACUUGGGAAGACAAAAAGAAAAAAUAACUCCCAAAAGAACAAAAGAUGUGUAAAACCUAAAAACAAUAUUACCAUGAAAAUAGAUGAGAGUUUCAAGAAGAAAAAGAAAAACUCCGAAUUCAAAAGAGCAAUGGAAGGAAGGAAAGAAAGGAAGCAAAAGAAAACCAAUUUGACCGUAGCGUUAGAUGACAGUUUUAUAUUCACACAUGAUUACUCAGGUGCAUCUGAACCUAUUGCAAAAUCAAAACCUGAAUUAUCACAUCUUUGCUGCACUGAAAAACUAAAGCCUGAUCACCUGACUCAAGAUUCAAAAAAGGAAAUCAAAAGAAAAAAGAGAGUGGUGUUUGAUUUAUCACAAGGCUACAUUCAUGUCAAACGCCCUAAAUUUGUCUCAUCUUCCAAAGAGAAUAUCCUCUCAGAGAAAGAAGCUGUGCGAGACGGUAAGAGUUGUUCACAGGUCACAGUGACAGGGCACAGCCAGAGCCAACAACAUAAUAAUGACUCUCAAAGCACCAGCGAUGAUAUAAACAGCCAGGACCUUUUUAUCACGCAGAAGAUGUUCGGGGUAUUGCCCUCUGAACCUUCCAGUGGUGAAGCCGUUGACAAAGCUGUUAUUAGAAAACCUCAGCCAAUCAUAAAAUCAGAAAACGGGCUGCACUCGUCUAGGGUUCAGAUAAAACAUCAUGAAGGAUCAAAUACAUAUCUACAGGACUCUCAUUUUCAUCCCCAUCCCAAAAAGGUAAAAGAACACUCGCAGAGGCCAAGGGCAGUACAGAUAGUCCUCACAGAGGAAGAAGAGAGGUUGCAUCUAGCACAGCAGAAUCCCAAGAAGGAAACUUUUUCUUUCCAGAGACAGAUGGAGAAAAACACAAAUGUCAUGGAGGAGAAAAAAGUUACUGGCCCUGUUCAUGUAAAGCCCAGUGUAGUGAAUCCUUACCUGGAUUACCCAAUUGUGGAAAACCCUAACCUGGAUGUUGCAAAAUCAAAGAAACACACCUAUACUUCAAGGCAACAGUCCCCUUCAUGUCAUCUAAACACAGAUGAGCCUUCCCUGCUUCACCAGAUGUCAAAAGCAAGCAUUUCCACACAGACGGAAAACUUCUUCACCACUGAACUCUCCUCCUAUCACAACUUCUGCCAAAAAAGUGGAGUGACUGUAUGUUCUGAGAACUUAAAGCCUCUGGAUCUGAGUCUGCCACAGAGGGCCAGAAAAGAACGUGGGAGGUGUGAGGUCAAAGAUGAUGAAGAAAAGUGCAGUGACCAGAAACCAUCAUCUUUGCCAGACAAGAUGAAAGGUAAUGUUCACAAAGACCCCAACCUGCAUCCAAUUUGUUCUUCAGUCAUGAAGGAUGUAGAGGUAAAGAUGGAGCCUUCUGGUCGACAUCGAUGGUCUGUCAGCGCACAGGUCAAAGGCAAAACAACUCCAAGCCCCCAGUCAGAUUCUGAGUCUAAGUCUCCAGAGACAAUAACCUCAAGCGAAGACAACAAGCCCCCCUGUUCCACUGGCAAGCUGGACCUGACCCAGCUCAAAGUGGUCCAGAUGAGACUCAACGAGUCCUUCUUUUUCAAAACAAAAGGAGAGGAAAAGUCCCUCAGACCUGAGUCUCCACUGAUGAAACUUGGUCAUAGCAGAGAGAUGAAAAGCAGGAAGGGCCACUGAGGUCAUAAGGAAGGAUGGAAAAUAAGUUUUCUUGACAGCAGUUAGUGGUUGCCACAUUCUACCUUGUUCAUGACACAAUUCAAAUGGAGAAUAAGUAUCUGGAGCAUGAGCACAGUGUUUUAGCAGUCUGGAUUGAAGAGUACCAUGUAUGGGGUUAGCAGGAGAAUACAAUUCAACUCUGGAUGCUAAAUUCACAAUAAAAGUGGUCCUAGAGAGGUCCUUAAGAGUCUUUGAAGAAAAAGUUUUGAUUUUCACACUGUCUGGGGAGUCAGUUCCUUUAUGAUAUACACUCAGUUGGCAGUUUAUUAGGUACACCUAGCUUAAACCAAUGCAGUCUAAUAAAGCA